CUUUCUUGAUGGAAGGGGGCUGCAUUUAAAAAAAAGUAGAGUAGGCUAAAUGGCAGCUAUUGUUAUACCAGGUAUUAUCUGUAUCUGCGUAAUCUUCAAGGAAUUCACAGGGACUGAUUUACAGGGAUACAAGGAGGGUAACAUGGAAUUCUGUCAAACUUAGCUAGAUACCUGGAAAUCUGGGGAAUUUUUUCACUUGUUUUCUGUGUAAUCUGUGGACUGCAGACAUGAAUGGAAAGGGUUCCGAUCCGCUCAUUUCCACAGCUAGAGGCAAACUUCAGUCCCGAAGAUCCAAGGUGAACGAUCAAAUAAACAGAGAACUCCGUAUGAGAAAUGGAGCUGAAAAUUUGUUUAGAGCUACUGGUAACAAGAGACUAAAGGAACUAGUGGCUGUAGAGCUGUCGUUCUUCAACUCCAACAUCCAGUUACUGAAAGAGGAACUGUCCGAUCUUAACAGCUCAGUCCUGGUGUACCAGCAUGACAAUGGUACACACACAGUUCCCAUGAUUCCUUUGGGCCUAAAGGAGACAACAGAAUGUGACCUAGCUGUACCCAUCAAGGACUUUAUUUUGGAGCAUUACAGUGAAGAUGGAACUCAGUAUGAAAAAGAAAUCCAGGAGCUAUGUGACCUCAGACAGGACAUGCGGACUCCCCAGAGAAAUGAGUCAGGAGUGGAGUUGUUGAUUGAGUACUUUAACCAGUUACACUUCAUUGAGCGGAGAUUUUUCCCUCCUGACCAAGUUCUUGGUGCUCACUUCCACUGGUAUGACUCUCUAACAGGUGUACCCAACACCCAAAAGACAAUGGGCUUCGAGAAAGGCAGUGUUUUAUUUAAUAUUGGUGCUUUAUACACACAGAUUGGCUGUAAACAGGAUAGGACAACUCAUGCAGGCGUACAAGAUGCCAUCAGUAAUUUUCAGAAAGCUGCGGGGACCUUCCGUUAUUUACACAAUCACUUCACUAAUGCUCCUAGUAUGGACAUGCAGCCCCAUACACUGACCAUGCUUAUACAGCUCAUGAUGAGUCAGGCCCAGGAGUGUGUGUUUGAGUGUAAGGUGCUGGGUGGCAAUAAUGAUGGACUCCUAGGAAAUGUCAGAUGUGCUCAAGAAGCUGUUGUGGUGUCCCAGAUGUACGAUGACACAAAGUUACUGAUGACCGCAGAACCUGUCAAGGACUACAUUCCGUACUCAUGGGUCUCCAUGGCGAUGGUGAAAUCCCAGUAUUACAUGGCCAUGGCUCACACUCACAUGGCAAUGGCUAUCAUAGACUGUUCUGAAGAAAAUGACAGUCAGUCUUUAACGGAAUUCAUGGAAGCUCUACAGAACACAAAGGAAGUUGAUACAGAGAACAACAGACUGAGCAUGCCUCAAACGGAGGAGGAGAGAAUUACACUGGGGAAAGCUCACCUAAAAGGGGCACUCAACUGCCAUGAAGAGGCUCUGAGAUUACAUGACCUCUGUAAACAACUGAGAAAAAUUGAUACCUUUCAAGACAUUUUAAAGAAGGCUCAUGACAGGUGCUUGGAAAAAUUUUCAUCUUUGGAGGAGGAGGAUGAUUUCACUGAGGUUCUGAUGUUUCCUAAAAUUAACCCCAAAACAUCUCAAAAUGUCUCCCCCGUCUCUCCAGAGUUCAGAAAUAUCAGUGUGGUAGACAUCUUCAAGAGACUAGGCCCUAUAACAAUAUUUAAUGCCAAAAAUGAAUGGUCUGCACCAAGAACAGUAACUCUGGAUCGUAACCCAGAUCAGGGAUUCGGAUUUAGUGUCCGUGGAGACGCUCCAGUUCGUGUCGCAGAAAUCGAACCUGGCAGUGUUGCUGAGGUGGGCAAACUGAAAGUUGGAGAUUUAGUGGUAGCUGUAGGGGACACAGACACAAAGUGGGCAAAACACGAAGAAGUAGUGAAUCUUGUCAGACAGUGUGGCAACCAUUUAGUUCUCAGACUAGUCACCCCCAACACCCCCCAGGAUCCAGACGCUAGUCACUCAGGCUCCUCCCCGGGGACCCCCCGUGCCCCCCUACGAAUGCAGAGCCCCAGGGAGAGCCUAUCAACUCAGAGCAAUAAAUCAAAUCGUAGUCGGCUUAGUGCACCCUGGAUAUUCAUGAGGAAAGGUUCUAAAGAAAAGCAGGAUAAACCAGAAAAAAGCAAAGAAAUGGAGGAUGGCGAGGCUUUCCUUCACUGAUUAGCAUCUGUUAUGUUUAAUAUGAUUGGUUAGUGAAAUCAUCUGUUGUAUGAUGUUAUUGGUUAGUGUAAUACUGUGAUGUCAUGUCCUUGUCAGAGGCUCCGCCCAUUGACCUGACAGCAGCUAACACAUCUAUGAACACACUAUGUAAAGGGAAUGAUGGGGGAAAACAAGAUCACCCCACACUCCUCAUGCAGACAAGAAAUAAUAUAAAAAUUGUAUGAAUUUUUAUGAACAGAUUUUUGUUUUCAUACAAUGUUGCAUUUUAAACCUGUAUGAUUCAGGGUUUACCUGUCAUAUUUUAUCUGUCAUUUUAUUCAGUGUUAAGAUGCCCUGUACAGAGAGUAGUAUAUUUAUUCAUAUACAGUGUAGUGUGUAACUUUUUGUCUUAAUAACUGCAUCAUAACUCAAUAGAUAUCAUUUUACUGAUCAGCAAUAAGUGAAUACCUUCACAUAUCAGUCCUUUGUCCAGUUCUGUCCAAGCUAUAUAGGUUCUUCCUUCUGAGUGCUCAAUUUGGCGGCAUAAUUUGCUGUCUCCUUGUAUUAUAUACCAGUGCUAAUGGAAAUUGCCAAACUUCCAUGAAGUAUCAAAAGUUUCUUGCCUCAGGUUAAGUAUAUUUUACAUCAGUAUUUUUUUUUUCUCCUAGAUUUUUGGCAGAUAUACAUGUAUUUUUCUAGCUUUUGAAUUUAGGCAUUGCAAUAAUUUACCACAAAACAAUUGUAUACAUUAUAUUUUUACAUAUGACAUACAUGUUGCACUAUUAUUCACAUGUUGCUUUUAAAAGACAUCUUUAUUUAGUAGAAUUGUUUCAGUGAAAUGGACAA